AUAUCUCGAGAGGCGAAGAGUGAGGGGCCAUGAGGCUUUCAGCAUUCCAGGAGUCCUAGAAGCUUUGCAAGCAUGCCCAAACUUGGUGGGUGUAGAAACAUCUCAUUUGGAGUUGGUAGAAUCCAUUUGGACAUAUAUGCCGCAUGUUCAUAUUUUGGGGAAAUUUCGUAAUCGUAAUGGAGCAUUUCCAAUUCCUCCUGAAAAUAAACUGAAAAUCCCCAUAGGAGCCAAAAUCCAAACUUUGCAUUUAGUUGGGGUCAAUGUUCCUGAAAUCCCCUGCAUCCCGAUGCUAAGGCACCUAUACAUGAAGUGGGUGAGACUCACUAAGCCACAGCCGUUCAAAGAUUUCCUUUGCAUCAGCUUGAGAACCUUUGUCAUGAGGAACUGCGCAGGGCCUACAAAUUCCUUGAAAUAUGUGCCCUUGGUAACUGGUCUGUGCCCGGAACUUGGAACACUUAGAAAUGGUUCGAGUCCCUUUCCUGGGAGGUCUCAUCCAACAUGUGGUUGAAGACAGCUGGAGAUCAGGUGGUUUUAGAAAUCUGCACACUAUUGUUUUAGGAGCUUGCAAGAAUGCCCUUGAAGUAGAUCUCGGCUACCUCAUCAUUACUGCUGCCCGUAGGUUACAUGAAGUUCGCAUCCAGCCUUCUUUAACCAAAGAUGGUGUCUUUUCUGCCCUGAAGAUGGCAGAAUUGGAGUUUCCACAGUUUGAAACCCUUCAUCUGGGAUACGUAGAUGAGUUCUUGCUACAGAGCAGAAUGGCUAAUGCAGAUUUGGUGAUGUAUGGUUUGGCUGAUGUGGUAGAAAAUCCUGGCAUCAUCACUGAUAUAGGAAUGAAGGCAGUCAAUGAAGUUUUUUCCUGUAUCAAAUAUCUGGCAAUUUAUAACUGUCCUCAUCUACACAACCCAUACAAUUGGAUCUCAGACCACUCUAGAUGGACCCGACUGGUUGAUAUCAACCUCGUGCGGUGCCAUGCUUUGAAGCUGGAUUCUUUCGGCCAGUUUGUUGAAUUAUUGCCCAGCCUGGAGUUUAUUUCCCUGGACCAGAUGUUCCGUGAACCACCCAAGGGCUGUGCUCGAGUUGGUCUGAGUGCAGGAACUGGAAUUGGGGUUUCUUCGGCACUUGUUAGCAACCAGAAUUCCAACAAUGACAAUGAUAAUAAUGCUCAGAAUAAUAAUGCCAACAUCCAUGACAACAAUCACCAUCACCCAGAUGAUUCAGAUGAGGAAAAUGACUUUCGUCAAGACCUACAAGCAGGAGAGCAACAGUUUGCAGCUGAUGCAUUGAAUGACAUGGAAGACAUGGUGCAGGAAGAUGGAGAGGUAGGAGCUGAGAGUGGAAGUGAUAUGCCAGCUCCCAAUCAGGGACUCCUUCCUAUGGAUGCUGAUGAGGAACAAGCAGGACCUAGUGGUCUACAGCGUGUGGUAAAACCAACCCCAAUUACAGUUCACGAUUCAGAGAGUGAUGAUGAAGAGGACAGUCUAGAACUCCAAGAAGUCUGGAUUCCUAAGAAUGGUGCCCGGCGUUAUUCAGAACGGGAAGAAAAAAACGGAGAGUCAGUACAAUCCAGGGAGCCGGCAGCAGUAAGUGGAAAAGGCAAGACUCCACUCCGAAAGAGGCACAACUCCCAUCAGCUGGGCCAGUCAAAGCAGUUUCCCCUGGAGGAGAGCAGCUGUGAGAAAGGCUGUCAGGUCACCAGCGAGCAGAUCAAAGCCGAUAUGAAAGCAGCUAGGGAUAUCCCUGAAAAGAAAAAAAACAAGGAUGUUUAUCCCAGCUGCAGCAGCACCUCCGCUGCCAGCACAGCAGGAAAUUCCAGCUCACCCAGCACUGCUUCUCAGAGCCCCGACUUUGUAAGGACGGUGACCGGCGCUGGCUCAGCUGAGCCUAGCCCUACAGAAGUGGAUGUAUCCAGGCAAUGUGUCUGCUCCCCUGGUGGAUCAGAGGACUCUGAGGCCAUGGAGGAAGGAAAUGCAGAGAAUUCUGUCUGCCCCAGAUGCUGCUGUCACAAGCCCCAGGAGUCCCAAAGGAGAACUAGCAGGUGUUCUGAUGAGGAACGUCCUUCAACCAGCCGAGCCUGUGUUGUGAAUGGUCCGGAUGAAGUUGCCAAAACAAAGCCAUGUCAUGCAAUUAAGCGAAAGCGAACUGCAGAUAAGUCUACCAGUACCAGUGAUCCUGUGAUUGAGGAUGACCAUGUACAGGUUCUUGUAUUAAAAUCCAAAAAUCUUGUUGGAGUCACCAUGACCAACUGUGGGAUCACAGAUCUAGUGCUGAAAGACUGCCCCAAGAUGAUGUUUAUCCAUGCUACCAGGUGCAGGGUACUGAAACAUUUAAAGGUAGAAAAUGCACCAAUUGUAAACCGAUUUGACUAUGCACAGUGCAAGAAACUAAAUAUGGAUCAGGUACUAGACCAAAUACUGAAGAUGCCGCCAGAGAGGAACCGUAUCAUCUACCUGCGCCCAAUGCAGCAGGUAGAUACACUAACUUUGGAGCAGAAGCUGUUUAGUGGCCCCUACCCCUAUCAUAUUUGCAUUAUCCACGAGUUCAGUAAUCCUCCCAAUGUUCGGAACAAGGUGCGCAUUCGCAACUGGAUGGAUACAAUAGCCAACAUCAACCAAGAACUCAUUAAAUAUGAAUUCUUCCUUGAAGCCACUCGAACUGAAGAAGAUUUAAAGAAGUACCCUAAGUACCCAUGGGGGAGAGAAAUCUACACUUUAGAGGGUGUUGUGGAUGGAGCACCGUAUUCCAUGAUAUCUGACUUCCCUUGGCUGAGAUCACUGCGGGCAGCAGAGCCCAACAGCUUCGCCAGAUACGAUUUUGAAGACGACGAAGAGAGUACCAUCUAUGCCCCUCGGAGGAAGGGACAGCUGUCUGCAGAUAUUUGUAUGGAGACAAUAGGAGAGGAGAUCUCAGAAAUGCGCCAGAUGAAGAGAGGUGUAUUUCAGCGCGUGGUGGCAAUUUUUAUCCACUACUGUGAUGUCAAUGGAGAGCCAGUUGAAGAUGACUACAUUUAAAGAGACCUUCCCUGGCUCUUCUGGUCCAAAGCGGCCAAGAGGCUACACAGAAACUUUGGGCUUGGAAUUGGGAGGCCCUGGCUCAGUUUGUUAUAUAGGAAAUAUAUAAGGAACAUGGAAAUUGUAUACAAAGAUUUAUAUAUAGAAGAAAUAUACAAAGACACUUCCAAAAGUAAUGUCUUUAUAACCUAUGUUUAUACAUCUUAAUUUAAAGAAGUCAUCUGAAUGAAGGCAAAUAAUUUGAACAUUGAUUUUGUUCACUUUUCUAGACUUCGUUCUCAAUGUCAUGUGACUGAGCCCAUGUACUCUGCUUCUUACCAUUGUCCCUUCAGUCUGUGCCUUUUUCUUCUCCAGCAGAGCUGUCUGAGUCAGUGCUAAUGAGUGCUGUGUCUUGUGUGUGUGUGUGUUACUAUAAUGCCAACUAACCCUCGGUCAGAGAAGACUGCUUCUGUACUAAGUGGGCUUCUUUUUUCCCUAGUGUUUAUAUUUGGCAUAUUUCUUUACAUGAAACAUUCAGAAAUGUAAAAAACAUGAAUUUGAAGGGCAAAUAGAAGGUUUUCAGAGCAUUCUAGUUAUUUAUUUCCACAUUCAAUUGUGUAUUUGCUUUAUCUUGGACAUAAAAAUAAACCUUAGUAAAACCUUG